CAAAGUCUGAACCACCCCUCGUCAUCUUGUAUGGGGCGAUGCUGGUGUCUUCUCAUUGAUUCUUCGGGCGCUCACAGUCUCUGAUGCCAUGGCCGACCCAAGGGAUUCAGAGACUUCUCACUCAGUUCUGCAGAUUGACAGUCUUGAGGCCCACAAAGACGCAACCUCAGAUGAGGAGAAGGAAGAGGUUAGGGAGAGCAAGAAAAAAUGGAGGCUUUCUUCGAUGAGAUUCAAAAAUGGUGUAGCUUAUUGGCUUCUGGUCUCUGCAAAUUACAUCUCGCUCUCUGUUGGUAAUGCCUCAGCUACUCUACUGGCGAAGUUUUACUUCAUGCAUGGAGGAAGCAGGAGAUGGGUCUCAACACUGAUACAGUCUGCCGGCUUCCCUCUGCUCUUCAUCCCAUGGGCAAUUUCUUACUGUGUGAACCCAUCAUCCACAUACAGGCCUUUCUCUUGCUUCUCCCCGAGAGUUCUGCUCUGCACAGUCCUCUUGGGACUGCUUCUUGGAUUUGAUAAUUUCCUGUUCGCCUGGGGAAUCUCUUAUAUCCCUGUUUCCAUCUCUGCUCUUCUCCUUUCUUCCCAAUUGGCCUUCACUGCUCUCUUUUCCCGCUUGAUUGUUAAACAACCCAUGAAUUUCCCCACCCUCAACUGCAUUUUCGUCCUCACUUUUAGCUCUGCUCUUGUGGGCUCUAGUGGCAGCCAUGAAAGGCCUGCAGGGGUGAGCAGUUUUCACUAUGUUCUUGGGGUGCUGUGCACAAUUGGUGCUGCGUGCUUCUUUGGACUUUACCUGCCGCUGCUGCAGCUUCUGAAUGACUACCUGAGAGAGAAGAAGAAGGUAGCCAUGAGCUUUAUGCUGGUUUUGGAAACCCAAAUAGUAAUUUUUGCCAUAGCAACUGUGUUUUCCUGUGUCGGCAUGUUGGUAGGUGGAGAUUUUGGUAAGUUGAAGACAGAAUCAGAAGAAUUCGAUCUUGGGCAGGUGAAGUACUGGCUCUGCUUGGUGUUUGGGGCUGUUUCAUGGCAGAUGGCCUUUGUGGGUAUUGCAGGGAUGACGUUCUUGGCAAGCUCCCUGAUGAGUGGGAUAUGUGUGACAGCCCUCAUACCAGCAGGUGUUCUGGCUCCAUUGGUGUUCUUCCAUGAAGGCUUGAACUCAGACAAGGUUUUUGCUGCCGUCAUGUCCAUGUGGGGAUUCUCUUCUUAUCUGGUUGGAGAGUAUAAACAGAAGCAGAAGGAACUCAAAAGUAAAGCAAAGUCGGGGAAUUCGCAGAGCUAAAGCAGCCUCCGUCUGCUCCUCUCCUUUAUCUGUACAAUUUUUUAAACUGUGAAAUGCAUCGACGACAUACAUGAAUUUGAAUUCCACAU